AUGGAGACUUCAGAAUGUGAAGAGGACUUUUCGUACCAAUGGACUUUAGUAAUGGGGAAUCUCAAAGCAUCCUUUGAUUGUGGUGACCGUGAGAAGACACAAAAUGCUUUCGCUCAUGCGGUCAUGCUUCUUUAUGACGUCUUUCCUAAGCACGACGAAAUGGGCCAUUUAAUCUAUGUGGGGCAAUUUUGUGAAGAAUACGAGCAACACGUACUGGAACUGCUAAACUGCUUCUUGAAGAUGAACGAUGUCAGACAGUUGGUGGUGCCGUGGCAGUUCUGCGAUUUACUCAAUCAAUGCCAACGAAAUCUCUAUGAGACGAAUAGAUUGAUCGAUCUUGAGAAUCUUUGCCAGCUCAACUUGUUUGUCAUACAGGGUGUACAUGACUACUUGGAUAAGGUCGAGCUGAGGAUUGCAGUCAUGAUGGAUCAAGCUAGCGUGGCCGAGAGCCUUGGUAAUGGGGAAAGGGCGAUUGAAAUCUUGGAGGAAUUGUACGACUCCGCGCGUAGAUACCGCCAUCCCGACUAUGAACUGCUCUGCCGCCUCUCGCAUAACCUUGGAUGUUGCCACAAUACUGCCAACGAUCACGAACGUGCCCUUGAAUGGUUUCAACAAUCCCAAGGCCUAUGGCUAGACUUACCUGCAUAUAUUAUAAAAAACACCGGGAGAUGUUUGAUCUAUCUCGAUGACUUGGAGGGAGCCAGGAGAGAUCUCGGCAUAAGCAUCGCUCAAAUAGAAAGUAGAAAGCCCAUGAACCGGGCGAUGCUUGCUUAUGCCUAUUUCGCGCUUGCGACCCUGGAACGACGUGAACAGAAUUUCGAAAUGGCUGAAUUAUAUUUUAUCACCGCCAAGCGAUCCUGGUUGAGGGGUGGUCAGUUCCGUCCCCAUCCCUUCAAUGCCGGAUGCAUGUAUAAAGCUGGCGCGUGUUGUCUCGACCAGGGGAAAGUCAAAGCUGCAAUUAAACACCUCCGCGAUUCAGUGGAAGUCACCACUUUCAGCAAAGACUACAUGCCAAUUGAGCAUGCCCGUAGUCUGUUCAAGCUUUCGGAGGCAUUAUUGCAACAUACCGACGUCGAUGGCAAUGUUCAAAACCCAAGUGAGGUAGAAAACCUGCAGAAUGAAGCAAAAGCAUAUCUCAAAAUGAGGAUAUCGGAUGAUAGUCCACGUAAUCCAUGCCAAGCCAAGGUCGUCAUCGAGUCAUCGACCGCCUUAGACAGGCACCCAGGCAUCAACGUCUUGUGGAGGCAUCUGCCGCCUGCUCCACACUUUCCCCGUCUUCCGUCCUUCACCCAUCUGGACAAGACGAAACCAUAUACAAAAUCCACAAUGCCACGAGAAACGACGGAGAAGAAUACACGGAAUGAAGGUACAGGGAAGGAGAAACGGAAACCCGUUCGCCGCGACCCGGAGAGAAGACGCCAACAAAACAUUCGUGCGCAACGUAAAUACCGUGAGAAGCUCCGUGAACGAAUGGAAACUCUCGAAACGCUCGCCACAUCGCUGGCACAGAACCCUCCGACGAGCGAUACAAUCCAAUCCGCACCGAUCUCAGGUUAUGAUGGAUCGGACUUAUCGAAUUCCUGCCUAUUGACGGCCACUCCCAAAGACUGCCAGCUUGCCUUUCCCCAAACCGUCGAUACAACAUCAAACCACCUAGAUAUCUUGGACCCUGCGACAGCCCACCUGACAAUCCCGGACAAUGCCCUUUCAUCACUGAACGUUUGGGAUUCUACGAUGUGGGAUUAUACACCACAGCUCUCUCCAUCAUCGCUUGCGACAUCAGAUCAUUCGAAGCAAAUACCCCCACCCGAGACUCUGGCUUCGUCACCCAGUGUGUGGACUCCUCCUCCGCAUGUCGACCCGUCAGUUCUCGUUCACGAUAAACAAAAGGCCGGUCUUGAUCAAUGGGGGACGACCACUAUCGUCAAAUGCAGUUGUGCUGGCCCGCAUUUUCAGGUUCAAUCGUACAGACCCAUAAUAUACGGCCCUCCCGAGGUUAGGAUACUCAGGAUCGGGUCACUCGCGCCUGCACCAGAUCUGCAUGCCAAUCAUCUCCGCUUAGACACGAUGUGUACCUUAGCUGCGAUGGAUACGCUUAGAAUGCAUGUUGGCCUUACAGAGGAGAUGGUGUGUGCCGAAGAAAGUCCCUCGCCCUUCUACCGGUCGAUGAAAGCGUCCACGGAUAGCGCUGCCAAGGAGAACGUGAUCACCACGGUACAGAAAAUAUUCAAAACGCUGAAGCCAGACUUGAGGCCAAGUAGUGAACAAAUUACUGUUGAGCAUCCUCCAUAUAUCGAUGUCCUUCCGUUCCGAACACUACGGAAGAAUCUCAUUCUCCAUCAACAAGAGGUGAACGAAGAUGAAUUUCUCCACGAUCUCCUCACCGGCUUAGUGUGUUGGGGAGGGGCAGGCCUCGGGAGAAAGGACCGAAAUGCCUCCACCGGAUAUGCAUCAACCGGUACUCCUUGGGACAACCGCAGCUGGGAAGCAAAAGUGUGGUUCCUCAAGAAAUACUGGUCUCUCCUAGGGGGCGAAGAUGGAGAGCUUGUACGGCAGAGUGAGUGGUGGCGCAGUAUCAGAGACGAGGACCCGCUGGACAUAGAGGUCAUUGCAUGA